AUGCGCUUCUUCGGUACCCGAGGUGGCGGCGGCAAGGCCAAUGUCGCAGGCGCUGGCUAUAUCGUGCUCGGAACCGUCCGAGUCAUGAACAUCAUCUCCCUCCUCACAGUCAUCGGCGGCUCAGGCGUCUUGCUGGUCAAGACCUUCUCCAUCGAAGGCUUCAGCUUCUUCGCUGCGCUCAGCCAUGUGCUGCGCAUCCUGGUCUCGGUCUUCCUCAUAAUUUCCGAACUCAACCUCUUCAAAGCAUACUUCAGCCGCAACUGGCCACUCUUCAGUGCCCGGCACGGCUUCGUCAUGCUCGGUCUGAUGCAGCUGUUUCUCGGCAUCACCAUCUUCAGCGAGCUGUCCCACCGAGAAGCUCGCCAGGCAAAGCUCACGAUGCCUUUCUGGCGUCUCACUCUCGCUGCUGGCAUUCUCAUGACUAUCAUGUCCGUCAUCAACAUACUCUGCUCCUACAUCUUCCGCGACAACCGAGCUGGUGUCACAGCGCGAAUGGUCCGGAUGCACGGCGCAGCAGCGGCGAGCAAGAACCAGCACUACGAUGAGGAGUCGACCAUGGCCUCACCACACCCCAACCGCGCCACACGCUAUCGCGAAUUCUUCCUUGGUCGGUCUAAGAAGAACAACGGCGAGAACCGCUCCAGCCUUCCAGACUACGAGAGCACGCCGAGACGAGGCAUGAAUAUCUCCAGCCCGAUUAGCCCGGCCGCAAGCAGCAAGUACAGCCACUAUCACGCUAGUGAUGGUCCAAUCAGUCCAGAGGCUGCGAUCCAUCCUGCAGAGCGGCACGGCAAUAUGAUCUAA